UGUAAAGGCAUCAUUCGGCUAAGAUGGCGCCGCUUACAGCGCUCCGAGUCUGUCUUCUCGUCUUUUUCUCCGCGUUCGUGACCGUGUCACUGGGCUUCGGCCUACCCGUCCUGCUGAACGCCGUCACGGGGCUGCUGGGAGUACCGGAGGCGAGCGUGAGCGAGUGCGUGGUGGUCUCCUAUUUGCUUUUCGUCCUGUACGUUGCGACACCUCGGAUUCCCAGAGGACUGGUGGAGGCAACAGGCAAAGCAGUGUUCCUCACAAGUUGUGACAGCAAUUUUGGACUGGCUCUCGCCCAGCAUCUGCACAAACUUGGUUUUACCGUCUUUGCGGGAUGCUCACUUAGGGAUAAAGGUGGAGAGAGUGCCAAGAUCCUGGAGGACUUCCACUCAGAGCGCAUGAAGGUGGUCCAGCUGGACGUGAGCAGCAACGAGCAGGUGAACAGAGCCGCCCACUUCGUCCGAGACAACCUGGAGGACUCAGAGAGAGGUUUAUGGGCGCUUGUCAACAACGCCAGCGUGUCCACGUUCGGAGGAGUGGAGUUCACCUCCAUGGAAGCCUACAAAGAAGUUUCCGAGAUUAACCUGUGGGGAACCAUUCGGGUCACCAAAGCGCUUCUGCCGCUUAUUCGCCGAGCAAAAGGUCGCGUGGUAAACAUGUCCGGGCUGUACGGCCGGAUGGGUAAUAUCGCUCAGUCGCCCGUCAGCGUGUCCAAGUACGGCAUGGAAGCAUUCUUCGACUGCCUCCGCUACGAGAUGAAGUCCUGGGGCAUCAAGGUGUCUGUCGUGGAGCCAGGGAAUUUCGCCGCAGAGAUCCUGAGCCGCGACGUCCUGGCCAGCGCGGCCAACAAACAGUGGGCCGAGGCCUCACCGGACGUCAGGGACGAUUACGGGAAAGCCCGUUUUGAUCAGAUCAUGGCGUUGAUUCGCUCACAGUGCAAUGGUGGACAAAAGGAUGUGGGUCCUUUGCUGGACGCCAUGGUGGACGCCGUUAUGUCCAAGCAUCCGUACACCAGGUACAACGCCAUGGAGCCGUACUGGUGGAUCCGAUUGCAGCUGAUGACGCACCUGCCCACCGUGCUUUCCGACUUGCUGUACUUCUAACUGGCGACGUGCCAGCUCUUCGCUAUUCCUCAGCACUUGAAGCCUUUCACUGAUCAAGCCUUAAAUUUCAAGCCUUAUUAAAGAGUAAAUUAUUGCACUUUAUAUUGUGUUUGUGGUAGCCCCAAAUGUAGCACAAAAUGAUAAAACAGGCAAAGUUAUCUCAAUGGUACGUUUUAAAAUUGUGGCUAGCGACAAAGCAAUAGAAAAGUACAGUUAUUAAAAUUAAAGCGAUGGCUGUAAACCACUAAACAACCACUGGAGUUCACUCUUCUACAAUAUUUUUUUAUACAAGGCCAGGUCCAAUGGUAGCAGUCAAGUGCAAUACAAACACUAAACUCUUAGCAUGAGAAUAUUUCCAUUCAGGAGCCAAAAACGAACACAGCAAGCAUAAAUCUUCUGGUAAAUUAGUUCAGUGCUCGUCUACACGGGCUAUGAAUGACGACAUAGCUAACUUUGAGGCGUUCAGGUGCUGUUGUUGAUUGUUUAGGAAAUGAAAAGUGGAACAUGUGGCUCUACUGUUUGAAUACAUACUUGUUGGUUAGUCUCGUCAAAACGUCAGGGCUUUAAAUUAAGCUAAAAAUUUCUCAAUGGACCCUCUAAAUUUUACACUUUGUUCGUCCACUUCUUCCAUUGCGGGGAGCAGCCAUUUUACUCUAAAAGUCAACGCCACAAGCAAAACGCGAUUGCCUAAUUGGAGUGGACCAAUCAGUGUUUUCCAAGGUAAUAGACCAGGAAGUUGUGGGCGUGGUUAACGUGAUACGGAAAGGUAAACAAACAAGCAAAUAAACCCAUUAGAGUAGACUGACAUCAAUGUUUCCCUUUGAAGGCACUGACAGGAGAUGAUUUAAACGACAUAGAAUGUUUGGGCACAUUAAAAUACAAUCGCAUGGCUUAGUUUUAUGUUGUUUAUUACGUCUUUGAAACAUUAAUAAACUCUUCUAAGUAAUAAACACUUGAAGACGAUCUCCCCUCCGUUGAAAACAGCAUUUAAAGAGCAUGACAAUUGACAAUAAAUUUCACAGCACUGCUUUUUAUACUAUUCCAUAUCAGCAUGGAUGUGUUUGCUUCACUCUGGCGCACAGGAAGAGGGGGAAAAUAAAAUAAAAUGUAAGCAACACAAAAGCACCAACGUUAACACGGGUCACUUGUUUAGAACAUUUGUCUCAAGUGUCUACUGAUGUUUUUUAAGCAAACUUUUGUUCUUCACAGCUGCUCAUGCCGUCUGCAUUGGUGCAGAGACAAAAGCUACAUCUGUUAUAUUCAAAUCUCAAACGUUGGCAGAGUCUGUCAUCCUUCUAUUUGAACAACCAACAUUUACAUGAGACUUUUACAGGUCAUCUAUUGUAUGUGGUUACACUGUAAAAACAAAUAAACAUGAAAAUUGAAUGAAACAUUCAAACAAUUGUGACACUUGAGGUGCUCCGGCCGUGAUUACAUCACACCUGUAUGUCCUCUCAACUGUACAUGUGGGCAUUCACUUCAGGUUUGCAAUGUAAGGACACUUGAAAACUACACAACAGGCAUUUUAUGCAAGUGGGUGGGUGGUGGAUAAAGCAAGGACGAGCAUCCAUUAACUCAUCCCAUGCAACAUGGAAAGCUUUAAAGCAGAGGUAGAGAACCUUAAUUAAGUCCUCCAUGGAUCAUAUGCAUGACAUAUUAGGAGGGGAAAAAAUGAGGCAUAUUUGGGGUUAAACUGGUUUUUUUGUUUGUAAAAUUGACUGGCCAGCUAAGUAAAAUGCUCAGACUUUGGUUGGCCACAUAUGACCCUAAGGCCAUUAUGUUCCUCACCCCUGCUUAAAAAACAAAUGUCACGCAGCAUUACAAGUGAACACGGUAGACCGCCAAAAACAAAUAAAACAAAACUUUGGUUGACAGAAAGCUGUGAAGGCACAUUACAAAAAAAAUAAAAAUCUCCCAAAUCCUCCAAUGUGUUCAAAAGACUCUGCAGUGUCACAAUGAUGUAAGAGUCAUUCAUAAUAACGGGGCAAUGUAACGUGAAUCCUGUGGAAAAUUUGAUUUUUGCAGGGAGAAAAAGGCGUUUACUGGAUAAAAACCUUCCGGAUGUUUCCUCCUGGAAUGUGAGCCAGAUCAGCUCAUCAUAAAUCUAAAAGCGGGAAUGGACUGGGCUCUUUAGCAAGUCAUCGCUCACCUGUAGAACACAGAGAUAGUCUCCCCUUCUCCCUGCCCGAGCAGAAUUCCAGAUGCGCUACUACACGGGACGUCGUUCUCCUCUUCCUUGGCUCCUCUUUCCGCCCCCUCUUCCUCCUUAACCAGAUGGACAAAUCAUCAUCCAAAGAAACACAGAUGCGCAGCGCUCAAUCUGGAUUACGACACGACACUUUCAAUGAGACAAAUAACAGCACACUCCCACACUUCCAGCAGAUGGACUCUCCCACUUGUAACGUACAGCCAAGCAAGCACAUCUAGUGACCUCCCCUACUUGGUUCCCCUGCAGCCAUGCUAAUUUAGCGCAGUGACAUCAUCUUUGGGACUCAGUUUAGCCCGCGGCUCUGCUGAGAUGACGAAUGUUUUGACGACCCCCCCACCCUCAGGCUAACCCACCAGACCCAUUUCCAGAGCUCCAUAGAGAUUUGGCAAAAAAAAAAAAAAAAGCACAAGUCUCCUUUUAAGGAUGAAAUAAAUAUAAUGCUUUUGCCCCCCCAAAAAA